AUGGCCUCUCCUGCUGCCUCGCAACAACCUUCUACACAAACUUCGGAAGUGGAACCACAUCUACAAUUGACCCCACAUGCACUCCUUUGCAUCAACGCUGGGGAUGAUGUCCCCUCUCCAGUGCUUCAGCUUUUGUCUGUUGAAAAAUUGAUAGAUGAUGAAAAUGAUAAUGCCCGGUAUAAGGUUGUUUUGUCUGAUGCCACGCACAUGCAAUUGGCGAUCCUCCCACCUAAGUAUAGUGGUUUGCUGCUUUCAGAGACAUUAAAGAUUGGCACUAUCCUAUCAUUGAUAGCUUAUGCUUGUAGAAAUGUUUGGAACUCGAGUUAUGGCCCUCUAUAUGUUAUGCUGCAUGAAUCUUCUGUUAAUAUCAGCCCAAUUAAAGCCUUGAACCCCUUUCAAAAUAAAUGGACGAUAAAGGGGCAUGUGACAAACAAGAGGAAGAUGCAUCAGUAUAGUACACCAAAGUCCACUGGCCAAGUAUUUAGCUUUGACAUGAUAGAUGAUGAAGGUACUGAAAUUAGAAUAACUUGCUUUGGCGAUGUAGCAGAAAUGCAUUAUCAUAGGGUUGAACCAGGAUUAUAUUAUACUAUGUCAAAAGGUUGCGUUAAAGAAGCUAACACUAAAUGGAAUAAGCUUAACAGCCAUCUUGAGAUAACUUUGGACAACAAUUCAAUAUUGAAGCGUUGUGAUGUUGUUGUUGAAAGUGAAGCAAAUAAUUCUCAAUUCAAACCAAUCAAUGAAAUUACAUACUACACCAACAACACUUUAGUUGAUGUUAUUGGUAUUGUAGUUGCUGUUGGAGAACCCUCAAUAAUUCGCAGGAAGGAUGGAAGCGAAGUAACAAAGAGAACUGUAAAAAUAAAUGAUGCCUCAACUUUUACUAUCGAUGUUAACUUAUGGGGAGCAACAUGGCAAGGGCUAGGUGAAGAUUUGAAGAACAUGCACACAACCCAAACAGUUGUUGUCCUUGCAGUUAGAAUUGCUCGUGUUGGUUAUUUCAAUGGAAAGGUGAUCAACACAACCACAACAACAACUCUAAAUAUAAACCCUUCUAUACCUGAAACAGAGACACUUAUGUCAAGAGGAAAGAUUCCAGAUGCCCUUUUACCGCUAUCAUGUGUUGUUGGACAGCUUAACUCACAAUACAGUAGGAUGACAAUCACAGCUGUUUUAGAGCAUACAAGUGUUCUCUCUGAAACAGUUGAAAGUACUAUUAGGGCUGUUAUGAAGCUCCAAGAUCAUAGAGGCGCUCUUUGGGCUACUACCUUUGAUGAGGUUGGCACAAAUAUACUGCAAAUAUCUGCCAAGGAGCUUUACAUGCUGCAAUACGAUUUGACUACACAAAAAACACCUCAGUCCAUUAUCAAGUGUGUGCUUUUGUCUUCCUUUGUUUUCACACUCUCUAUUACAAUAGACAUGUACAAUUCAGAACCCAAGCUCAAAGCAACGAUAACCAAAGUUGCCAGAAUUGAUUACCAGGCUGAAAGUGCUCUUCUGCUUGCAGAGAUUGCUUGGAUGACUACAAUUGCAUAG